UACCGCGACGCGCCACCGCCCGGGGAAGCGGCCGCUGCGGAGAGCGGCGCGGGGCGGGAGCCGCGGGGGAAGUAACGGGCGCGGGGCCGGGCGGGGGGCGCGGGGCGGGCCGGGGGAGCCGCUGCCCUCCGGCACAGCCACGGGCUGCGGUCCCGGGCGCGCGGCAUGCCGGGAGGGCCGGCCCGGCCCCGCGGUUGCGUCUGCGCGCCGCCCGGCGCCGCGUGAUGGGGCUCGGCGGCACAACGGGCGAGGGGGCGCCCGCCGGGAUGCGCGGUCGGUUGCAAUGACCCGAGUGGCCGGCGCCUGGCCGGGGAUCGCCGCCCUUCGCUGCUGCUGCUGCUGCUCGCGUUUUUCACGAUUGUGGGAUUCGGGUUCUGCCAGCCCAUGUCAUCGCAGCGGCAGCACAGAAAACAUUAAAGAAGGGUUGAAAGUGUGCAACUGAUAUUUCAGGAAAAGGAGGGUAUGUUGAAUAGUUGCUGUGAAGUUGUUACAGCAGAAGGGCCAGGUGCAGAGCAACCAUCUGCAUCCCCACCAAGAAGUGCAGUCGGAGAGGGCAAGAACGGGGACGAAGCGGAGAAGCCUCUGCUUUCAGAAGCUACAGGCAUUGCACAGUGAGGAGGGCUGUGAGCAGCAGUCUUCCCUGGAGCAGUCAGUUUUGAAGGAACAGGAGCAGUCAAGUUCGGCACAGUGGGAACAACCUGGAGAAGGGCUAGGCAAUCAAGGAGCAAUUGGAAAUAACCAGCAAGAUUUGAGCCGGGUGCCUCAUUCAACACAUCAUCUGAGACCACAUCUCCUGUUACCAAUGAGAAUUAUUCUACUUUAACUGAAGUAAGAAAUUCAGAAAGGGAAGAACAAACAUCUCAAAACUCAGUAUCAGAGAACAUGGCAAGUGGGACAGGAAGCAUGAUUGAGGAUAAUGAAACUCCUGGGAGGACUAGGGCUAACCUUGAUGAAACUGACCAGUCUGAGAAGUUAUGUCUAGAUCAGGAACAUUUUCCUGGGAAAGCAGUUCAACAGGAUUACCACAUGCCCGAUGUCAUAACUAUCAGAGUACAAGCAGAUUCUGAUUCAUUCCAAGAUGUAAUCGUAAAAAUUGAAAGACCUACCUAUCAAAAACCAUUUCUGGGUGGAUUUAAGAACAGGAUAACAGGAGUGGAAUUUCAUAAUGCAGGAUCACAAACGAUACCCAAAAAACCACCUGAUAAAGGAAUUCUUGUAUUCUGUAGGGAAACACAGACUGUUUUUGAAAAAAAUAAGCGACAACAAACAACAAAUACAACAUCAACACAAAUGACUAAAACCGGCCUGUAUGUGUCAAACAAGACUGACAAACUAAUAAGUCCUGGGAAGUAUUUUACAGCGGAAGAAUACAAUAAACGUAGACUUGAAGCGGUAAUAGUAUUACAGAGAUAUUUCCGUCGUUGGCAUGCUACAAAUAUAGUACAAAAACUGAGGGAAGAAAAGAGGUUAAGGCUGGAGUGGGAGACACAAGACGAAUUAGAGAGAAAAAAAGAAAAAGAAGAAAAAUUGAGAAGGGAGCACGAGCGAAGACUGAACCCCAAAACAAAAGGAGACUUCGAGCUACUGUACCAUGCUUUAGAAUUAUGGAGGCAGGAGGAGACUGAACAGAUUAACAGAACUCUUACUGGAGCUGAAAGAAAGGCAGCACUUUGUGGACUUCUGGAACAAGAAGCACAGCUGAUUGCUUCCAUUGGGAGACACAAACUAAAUGCAGAUGAGGAGAAUCGACAAAAAGCAAUACUGCACUUUCUGAAUAAGUGUGCACAACCUAAGAGAUGGAAAGCAUAUGAUGGAAAAAUCACUGAAAUGGAUACACAGUACACACUCCGUGCCAGAGAACUACUGGAAAUCUACUGCAGCAUUAGCAUGAGUGACAUCCCACAAGAUGAGAGAAUAGAUGUGCUGCUAACAGUCAAAUGUACAGUGAAGGAACACGAAUGUAAAUUAACACAGGAGAUCAUGGAAUUAAUUGACAGGGAAAUUGAUCUUAUGUCAAGAGAGGUGAAAGAAUGCAACUUGGAAGGACUAAGGAAAAGAAUUUGUACAUUAUUUCUUCAGUUUAUUAAAAUUCCAAAGUUUAACCCUGAAGUUGCUAGGAUACUUAAGGUUCCACCAGAUCCCUUAAAGCUUUAUAAAAAUGUGAACUGCUGUCAGAGUUGCAAAAAUUACUUAUCAUCUACUGCGUUUCCUAUUCCUGCUAAUUCACGCACCACUGGCAGAUGUCGCUUGUGUUGCAAGCUUGAUAAUGAGGCUCGGCGCCGAGAAACAUUUUUGAAGUACAAACUUAUACUAGAAAAACUCAGAAAGUCUGAAGCUGAUUACCAGGAUGAUGCUAAAAUUGUUUUCUUACUUCAGCAUCAAGAUCUGCAGUACCUGAUUGAGAAAAUAUGGGGCUGUCAGUCAGCUCUCAGUGCCUGCAGUGACCUCUAUGAUUUGGUUAUGGUCAGGUGGGAUAAGCAGCAUGAGUGGUCUCCGUGGAACACUAUUCUUCUCACUAAAGAUGAGGCAGAUGCACAUCUUAAACUGUGUGACCUUCAGAAGGCUUACGAAGCGGCAUUUAUUCACAGAAUAAAGCAUAAGCAUAUCCGGGCAAAAAACUGCUUUGCUCAGAUUCCAGCCAUGACAUCAUUUUUGCAGGGGAGUGAAAAUCAGACAAAUGCAAAUGAAUUUUUAAUAGCUACGCCUAUUCCUACUGGUACAAAAACAUAACUCUUAGGUGAAGUUAGCUGAAGUUAAAGAAGUUAACUGAAUUGUCGAUUAAUGCAAUUUCCUUGGUUUUAAAGAAAUGUACUGUUUCAUCAAUACCUUAAUUGUAUUACACAUAUCAAAAUAAACUUCUGAGGUUAAAAUAAUUCGACCUUGACUAGUCAAUAUAACUGUAUUUCAUGUUUUGUAACCUUAUUAUUUAAAAACUAAAAUGUUGGUGAGUUUUGUAAAUGCUAAAUUUUUAGAACAAUGACUGUCUUUCUGUGUUUGCCUGUGUUGCUUGGAACAUUCGGUCUGUUGGGGGAACUUAGCUAAUUCUUUGUCACCUUUUAAUUAGAAAAAUAAUGUUACAAACUGUAUUAAAUUUCUCUCACCUUAAGGCAGAAAGUCUCAUAAAAGGCAGAAAAUCCUCUAGACCCUGAAUUCCUGCAGAACAGAAUUGAUAUGCCCUUCCAAAUAUAGAUGCUUUGCCUUACAAAGAUUUAGGCAAAAGAAUAACUUUAUAGUUCAUUUUGACGGUCAGAGUGGAACUGCCAGCCUGUAAUUAUUGCAUCUAAGAUCUUGAAAUCAGUGUAAAUCAGACUUACAAUUUUAAAUAAACAUUACAGACUGUUUGGAA